GUCUAAUUGUCCUUCUUUACGCAGACAUUAAUUAGAGUAAGGAAAGCUUGUCAAUCAAAUUGGUAAUUUUCUUGUCAUUGACAAAAAAGUAAAGUCUUUUGAGAAUGAUAAUGGCCAGUCGUUUCCACACUUUCCGGGAUGAAAGUCUUGCUGCAUAUUUUCGUUAUUGUGUGCCUCGCGGCGAAACUUAGCUCGGGUAAUAUCCUUCUGAUCAAAGAUUACCUCAAGACAAAGUUAUUGUCGACAUUACUGCUGAUGUCAUGUGGAAAUGAAACAUUUCCGAUAGUAGAUGUUAGAUCUCUAAAUGGAAUUUGGAUCAAUGUUUGGGACUUUUCCGAAGAACCGAUAUUAACCGAUUUCAAUUACAACAAGUUUUUUGGCCGUUACAGUCAUCCUCAUGGUGUUGUUCUGAAUUUGGAUUGCGACAGAACGGACUCCUUGUUGAUUCAACUCUCAAAGCGCAUUCUUUUUCAUAACGAACGGUUUUGGUUGAUGUACACAUCAAAUUUGGAGGAAGCUUCUACCAUUUUAAGCUCACAGAAUAUAAAAGUCGAUGCAGAGAUUGUCCUAGCUGUGCCAGAGGUUUUAAAUCAUGAAGACAGCUACAAAAUAUUCGAAGUCUUUAAGCUGUCAAGUGUUCACGGCAGUGAAACUCAUUUUAACUUAUCUCAAUUGGGUGAUUGGAAUAAAUCCGAUGGUUUCAAUAUACCAGUGAAGCAGACGAAAACUGAGAGAAGACGAAAUCUACGCGGUAUCACUCUUUCAUCGGUUGUCUCUUUAACAAACAUUCCCAACGGGAGAACAUACAUGCAACAUCUUCAAUCUGAAGAGUCUUACCAUUUGGAUAACAUGAACAGAAUGUCGUAUCGAUUAGUAGUUGUCCUGAUGGACAUGUACAAUUUUAAAAUUCACAUACGGCUAGCAACUAUCUGGGGCGCUUUAGAUACGAAUAAAAGAUGGCUUGGUGCAAUUGGUUUGUUAAAUCGUAGUGAGGUAGAUUUUGGCAUAACAUCCGUAAGAUUGGCCUUUGAACGGUAUGGUGCAUUUGAGUUUACCACACAUUCGCAUCGCAACCAGGUGCAAUUCAUGUUUCUCCAUCCCAAGUCAAUUGAUACAGUUAAUGUUUUUCUGCAUCCGUUUGAAAGUAUGGUUUGGUAUGCAAUGAUUGGUUUAUGCUUGGUCUGCGUAUUCAUUGUAAAACUCACAUCUUCGUUCGAAAAACAAUUGAUGGAAAAUAGUGAUAUACACGCAGCGCAGAACGACGAUUCAUACAGCAACUCGGUGAUGAUAGUGUUUGGUUUUAUAUUUCAACAAAAUUUUGUGGGUAACGCUAGACUUGCGUCGACUCGGAUAUUAAUCAUCACGAUGAUCCUGUUUUCGAUAUUAAUAUUUCUUUUCUACUCUUUAUUCAUAAUCGGUUCAUUACUAACCGACCCACCGAAAAAUAUAAAAACAAUCCGACAAUUGACGAACAGUCCGUUUAAAUUCAAAGUUGAUGCAGUUCCUUACGUUCGUGAUGUUUUUAGUCACGCCAUCGAGCCGGAUGUUGUUCAACUUUACAGUAAAGUGACGAAGGUUCCUGAACACGUAUUAGUUCCGCUCGAGACUGGAGUGCAUUUAAUGAGACAAGGUGGAGUCGCACUUGCCACAGACAGCAGCUAUGCGAACAUCUAUAUGCGAAAUACGCUAACCGAUUCCGACAAAUGUGAAUUGCAGACAAUUGAUCUAGUGCAGGAGUUCCAAACCGGUCUACCUGUUCCGAAUAAGUCUCCACUUAAGGAGUUAAUUAGAAUCGGUGUACACAGGAUGACGGAAACUGGCAUAUUGUCGUACUACAAUAAAAUCUGGAGUGGCAUAAAACCGAAAUGUGAAGUUUCUGGACCAGUGUUUUCUCCCGUCGAUAUUGCGCAUUUUUCAUCAGCAAUUUUCGUUGUGAUAGUGGGCAUUAUAAGUAGUUUGAUUUUAUUGAUUUUCGAAAAUGUUUUACAUCGUUUCUCAAAACGUAGAGCCAGUUGUCCUGAUGAAGAGUUCAGUGUAACCAAAAUGAUUGUACAGUCGCUACUUGUCCUAUUCGGGUGUAUUAUAAAUGAUUCUGAAUCGCAGACUGUGAGCCCGACUACCAGCCUUAUUAAAGACUAUCUUCAUGAAAACAAUUUCAAAACCUUAUUGUUGGUUUCAUGCCUAAGCCGUCCGAAUAUUGAUCCGAAUGAAAUAAUGUUUACUGCACAACAUCAAGGCAUUUGGAUGAAUGUUGUGGACAUAUCUGAAAACAAAUUUGAGAUUGCUUCGUUUGACUAUGACCAAUUUUUCGUUCGCUUAAGUGGUGUGCACUGCGUUGUCAUGGACUUGGAUUGCAAUGAAGCUGGUCCUUUUCUAAGAGAGAUCUCAAAACGACGACUUUUCCAUUACGAAAGGAGUUGGUUAAUGUUCACCUCAAGUUUGAACGAGUCUUACGGUAUUUUGAGUCGUCAAAACAUAAACGUCGAUGCCGAAAUUACCUUAGUUGUUCCUUCGGAUAUCGAUAAUGACCGUUACGAUUAUGACGUUUAUGAAAUUUAUAAUCGUCGUUCUGAUCGUGACGGGCUUAAUGUAACAAUUACGGGCCAUUGGAGCAAAUCUACUGGUUUAGUUAUACAACAUAAUGAGCAGACAAAAACGGAAAGACGGCGCAAUUUUCGAGGACUUACAUUCUCAUCUGUAGUAACCCUUAGGAAUAUUCCUGAGAACGUUACAUUUUUGGAACACCUUCAAUCUAACGACUAUCCAUAUCUCAAUAACGUUGGACGAAUUACCUACCGAUUACUAGCGUUAAUUGAAGACAUCUACAAUUUAAAAGUGCAGGUCCGUGUAGCAGAGUUCUAUGCGCAUUUAGAUGCGUCAAGUAACUGGCAUGGUGCAAUCGAUUUGGUUAAACGGAGAAAAGUGGAUUUUUGUCUAACUCCGUUAAGAUGGGAGAAUGAUCGAUACGGAGUGGUUGAACACACUACGCACUCGUACCAUGCUCAAAUUCUGUUUAUAUUUCGACAUCCAAAGUCGAUACCGUCGAACGCAUUCACUUUACCCUUUCGAUCAAAUUUGUGGUACGCAAUAGUGGUGUUAGUGGUAUGCAGUGCGUGCAUUAUUUGGAAUAUUUUCUCGGUAGAGAAUCACAAGAAAGUCAAAAAUGCUUUACAUGUGAAAUGGACCAACGAAGAUACUUUUUCCAACUCAAUUCUGAUGAUGAUCGGAUUCAUUUUUCAGCAAGGUUAUUCAGGAAAUAUUGUCCUAACGUCAUCUCGGAUAUUAGUCGUCGCGGUACUCGCAUUCGCAUUACUGGUUUAUCAAUUCUAUUCUUCCUUUAUCGUUGGCUCUUUACUUAUUGAAGCACCAAAGAAUAUUAAGACAAUGAAACAAUUGCUGAACAGUCCGCUUUCGUUCGGUCAGGAUGAACAACCGUACGUCAUAAACAAUUUCCAAUAUGCACAAGAAGAAUCAACUGUACUGUUGUACAAGAAGAUCAUGGAACAUCCUGAACGCACAAUAAUGCCUGCAGGUACCGGGUUGAAAUUGCUGAAGAAUGGUGGAUUCGCCUUUAACACUGACGGGAGCUAUGCCUACCUAAUACUGAAAGAUACGUUGACCGACUCGGAGAAAUGUGAUUUACAGGACAUUGCUUACAUUCCGAAAGUUGCUGCGGGACCUGUUUUACCCAAUAAGUCGGAAUUUAGAGAACUGGUUAAGAUUGCACUUCGAAGGAUCUCCGAGACAGGAUUGCUAUCAUACUACAACGACAUCUUUUACGGCACUCGACCGAAAUGUGAAAUUUCAGAAGUUAUUGUUACUCCGGUGGAUAUUAUUCACUUCUCCACGGCUCUGUACAUUCUCUUCAUUGGAAUUGUUGCCAGUGUCACACUGUUAGCACUGGAAAUCCUUGUUAAGAAACUAUUUGCCGGGAAAUUGAGUCGAAAAUCCAAAUUCAAGAGAAAGGCCAAUGUUACACAGGAAUUCAAUUUCCGAUUGAACUAGCAAUUUAGUUCAGUAAUAAGGUCUGUCUUAGAUCACAAAUGUUGUAAGGCCUACGAUCAAUUUCACAAAAAUGAAGACCGCAAAAGUUUUGUAGAAUUCUCAAAUAUUUUGGAGAAGAACAUAGAGCAUAGCCUAUGAUAGGUA